AUGUCAGAUCCUCGUUCAUUGAUAGCUGAAGCUGAGAAGCUUCUUAAACCACAACUGGGUUUUUUUCUGUUUCUUUCUGGCUCCUCUGCCUCCAUGAGAAAGGAAGAUGCAACUGAUCUUUACAUUCAAGCAGCCAAUCUGUAUCGAUUAAAGAAAGAUUUCAAUUUGGCAGGUGCUCAAUUUGUCAAGGCAGCUGAAAUACAGGAGAGUUUAGGUAAUCAUAAUGAUACUGCUAACCAUCUAGUCGAAGCUUACAAGUGUUUUAAAGGUGUAUCGCCAACAGACGCAAUUUCGUCAUUGUCGAAGGCAAUCCAUAUUUUCUUAACGCAAAAUGGCCAAUUUAGAAGAGCCGCAAAUUUCACUAUGGAUUUAGCUGAGCUUUACGAAUCAGUUAAUGAUUACGAAAAUGCCAGCAAAAGCUAUGAACAGGCCGGAGAUUACUUUACCACUGAUCAUGCUGAAGCUCUUGCCAACAAAGCAUUUUUGAAAUGUGCAGACUUGUAUGCAUUGAAUGGGAAUUAUAAAAAAGCUGUGGAAUUAUAUGAUAACAUCAUUAAAAACCUGCUUGGGAAUUCUUUAUCAAGAUGGAGUUUAAAGGAUUAUUUCUUCAAGGUAGUCUUGUGUGUCUUGUGCAUGGAUGAUGUAAUUGAAGCUCACAAAAGGAAGGAUCAAUUCCUUCAAGACGAUCCAAGCUGGGGACAAUCAAGAGAGUACAAAUUAGUUGAAGGUAUACUUGAGAGUAUCGAUCAAGGGGAUGUUGAAGGUUUUUCAGACAAAGUAUUUGAUUUCGAUCAGUUCAGUAAGCUUGACAAAUUGAAGACCCAGUUGUUGUUGAAAGUGAAGAACUCGGUUGUUGCCAAGGAUGAUGAUGAUUUGUUAUAG